CUCGAGUUCUUGGUAGUGGUGGUCUAUAUACUGGAAAAAGCUGGAGAAAGUCCACCAUACCACCACCACCACUUCCACCCACCAACUGUCAUCCUGGAUACCAUAAAAUACAUACCACCAUUCCACCACUACCUUCUUAAAAGGAGAAGAAGAUCUGCAGCAGCAAGCAGCAGCUGAUCUUUCUCUCUCUCUCACUCUCUCUCCAGCACCCUCAUCAUUGUCAACAAAGAAAAGAAGGCGACAAGAAGAAAACAAUGGUGGUGGUGGUGGGGGGCAUUAGGAAGAAGGACUCCUCCCACUCAAAGUAAUCUGCUCAGAAGGGAGGACGGAAAAAAAUUCAGGCCGGCCAACAAGCUCAACCAAACCAGACAAAGGAAUUUACUUGAGAGAGAAGAUUAAGGUCACGUCGGGAUUGAUAAGGAUUUAAUUUUCGACAUAAAAAAGAAUGUGACAAAGGAAGAGGAAAGGUUUUCUUGGGUAGGACGACGAAAGUCCUGUCGCGAUUUUGCUCUCCGUAACAUAAAUUGGAGGAAUGAAGGAGGAGGGUUUGUAAUAAUUCGAGUAGUUAAAGUUAUUAUGGCGUCAUUAGUGUCAAAUAGAAUUCCAAUAAUAAUGAUGGAGCUCUCUAAUAAUUCUUCUUGUUCUGCGAAGCUGCAUUGUCCUUAUUAAUGGGGUCAAUAGCGUCAGUUCUUCAGUGGUAUUGUCCCGGAUGUAAUAGAAUCAACCCCACGGAAGUAUCGGUGUGCAACUUUUGCGGAGUUAAGCGUCCACUCACUAAUAAUCUGCAAACUUGUGACGGCGGCGGAGUUUCGACGGCUGGUCAGGCUCAACAAAAUAACAAAAGGAAGGAGGAGGAGGAAGAGAGCGUUAUCGGAUUAGACUCGAAAUUACGACAUGACCUGAAUUUACGAGAUACGAAUGGACAAAUUCCAGUUUCGUUCGAGUGUCGCUUGGAAGAACCGAAAUGUAUUGAAUGCACCACACAUGAAAACGUCUCCACUGAAGCCGCCCCGUCACCCGAUGAUGCCGUGAAGGCAGGAGGAACAAAGUUUGAAGAUGAAAGGCCAAUGAUAGUCGGAGAAAAGUACAAGUUGGACCGAUCCGACGAAGAUAACCCUCCAAGCUCACCUACGAAACUGUGUCGUCGCAGCUCAAAUGACCACUGUUUCGCAGGAGGCCCUACUGAUUCUUAUGAUACUCAUGCUUCACAAAAAAACUGCUUGGAAAUGUCAAACAGAAUCUCAACACACGCUUUUAUUCAACUUAGUACUUCUUCUAGUACUACUAAAGAUAAGGAUACUCCGAAGAAUAAUCAUUUAUCAACACAAUCCACAAUGUGUGACGAUGUGGACGAAUCUUUCAGAAGGAAAAAGGUUAACUCUUCUAGUCUUAACACACUGCCCCGUCGAGAUGCCUCGACCUCCAGCAAACUACGUCAACAACAACAAAAUAGAAAUUCUUUGACUCGCUCAGCCACUGAUUCCAAUAUUCCCAGUGAUCAGCCAAUCAAUCAAUUAUUAAUCAAACCACCACCACAACAAAACGAUGGCGGGUUAAACAUUAUCAAAAAAUUGGAUAACGCUUCACCAGCAGCACUACCACUGCAGCAAAAGAAAAAGAAUAAUCGUCUCUAUGAAAAAGCAGAGGGAGACGAUGGCGUACCCUGCUCAGAAAAAGGCAAGUCGUCGAUCUUACGUUCUAAAAGUCUGCAGCCGGAGAACAUGAUCCGCGAGGCUGCAGUAAGGAACCUCAAGUGUCCUUAUGCUCAUAAUAAUGCUUGCAAACUCAACAACAACAUUCCAAAAGCCAAUAAUGAUAAUGAUAUUGUUACCGUAAAAACGCGACUCCCCAAUAAAUGCGUCGCUUCCCCUUGUGCGGAUGACAUUUACGUGGCGAGCGAAUCUUGCAGCCUAUCAUUUGAGAAUAACUCUGUACGCUUUGAGAACAGUCCAACUACGAGAAGCUCAGUUGUAAUUAAAGACCACGAUGACUUGGCCGUCUCUCGGACUAAGUCUGCUCCCACGUUGACUGGUGGGAGGAUUUCACCAUAUCGUCCAAAGUCAAAGGUUGUUGUCGACGGUGGUUGUGACUCUAGCUCUUCGUCCGCUACGACCCCUUGCUCAUCGGAUGAAAUAAUAAGCCCUUCUUCUUACAAAUCUCAAGCUCAUCAAUUGAUCUCUACCCCACUCGUAGCAGCGGAACUCCUCCCACGUCACAAAUCUCUAUCUGCUCACAAGACUGAAAACUACAACGUCGUAAAGAAAAAUGUCACUCGGGCCAAGUCUUAUGGAUCCAGUAGUGGCAGCAGCAGUAUUUUGAAGGAAUCUCUCCAAACUAAACGUCACGUACCAGUUGCUCCUCCUUCAGCAAGCUCGAAACUAUUCCUGGUUGAGGAUGAUGAUGACUCUGACAGCAACUUUGAACGGACACGUAACAGUACGGAUAGUUCGAACGAUGCUACUCGCUCUUCAAGAAAGAAAACAAGUAUCGAAGCACUAUGCAACAAAUAUUUGUCAUCAUCUCCUUCCAGAGAUCAAUAUCUGAUCGAAGAAGACUUGGACGAUCUCAAAUUUAUUGAUGAAGAGGAACUUCUCGUGUCGUCGCCCGAGUCGUCGUCUGCUCUUAAACUGCCCAUCCGCCGCUCCUCCCUGCCGUCAAAUAGUUUGAAGGAGAACAAUCUAAAUGACGAGGAUGCGUCGUCGUUAUCAUCAUCGCCAUCGUCAUCAUCUCGGCUGUGGCCAUGUUCGAAAUGCCACGCGACAAAUAGUCCAUCCUCAGAUUCAUGUGAUUCUUGCGGAUGUGUUCGUGAUACGAGUAACAAUGACAAUGGCGAUUCUUCAUCGCUGCCACAUCGUUCAGACGCUAAGGAGGAGAGGGACCCCAGCAGCAGCAAGCUCAAGUCGAGGAGGAAACUUGAACGACCACGAUCCGUUGCGGUCGCAGAAUAUUGGUCGUGUCCAGUCUGCACGUUGCAAAACCCGCUGUACUCGACGCGUUGUCAGGCGUGUAGAUGGGAUAAGAAUAAGGAAUUCAAGUGCGCCAACGGCUACAUAAAAAAGAAAUGGUCCUGCACCCAAUGCACCUUUAAGAAUCCGAUGAAAGCCACAACCUGCGAGAUGUGCCAAGGAACUCGGAAAGCAAACUCGUCCUCUGGAUCGUCAUCCAUGCCGCCCACGAUUUCCAUAACGAAGAAGGGAACUAAGCAAAAGUAUCACGAGAUUGUUACCUUUUGUCAAAAGAGUGGCGAUGCAUUUGUCGACGACUCGUUCCCUCCGGCUCCCAAGUCGUUGUACUACAAUCCCAAAGUAUCUUCAGCGAAUGGUGAUUUAGUCACGCAGUGGCUGCGACCCAAGGAUAUCGUGACUGAACAGGGUUGUGAAAAUACGGUUUGGGUCGUUUUCCGCACUCCGCUACCCUCCGAUAUAUCUCAAGGUGUUCUUGGCAAUUGUUGGUUGUUGAGCGCCCUUGCCGUCAUUGCGGAAAGGAAGGAGCUCGUAGAACGGAUCCUGGUGACGCGAGAAAUGUCUCCAGUGGGAGCGUAUUUAAUUCGCUUGUGCAAAGAUGGAUCUUGGACAACUGUGAUAGUUGAUGACCUGCUGCCUUGUGAUCGACGGAAGCGUUUAGUUUAUUCCCAGGCUAAACGGAGGCAGCUUUGGGUCCCCCUCAUAGAGAAAGCUGUUGCAAAAAUUCAUGGGUGUUAUGAAGCUUUGGUGUCUGGAAGGGCAAUUGAAGGACUUGCAACGUUGACUGGGUGUCCGUGUGAAAGUAUACCACUCCAGAGUGGAGCGGAUGAAGAGCUUGAUAGAGAUUUAGUAUGGGCCCAACUGCUUUCUUGUCAUGCUGCUCGAUUCCUAAUGGGAGCAUCGUGCGGCGGUGGGAACAUGAAAGUUGAUGAGGAUGAAUAUCGGGACAAAGGUCUUCGCCCCAGGCAUGCAUAUUCCGUUCUAAAUGUUGAUGGAUCACAUGGCUUAAGAUUACUGAGACUCCGAAACCCUUGGGGCCGCUAUAGUUGGAAGGGAAAUUGGAGUGACUCGUCACCCUUGUGGUCAUCCGAACUGAGAAAGAAACUUAUGCCGGACGGUGCAGAUGAUGGCGUAUUUUGGAUAGCUUUUGACGACAUGCUAAAAUAUUUUGAUUGUAUCGACGUUUGUAAAGUUAGAAACGGAUGGCACGAGCGCAGAUUGCAAGGGAUUCUUCCACCUUCGUCGGAUCUUCAGCAUUUAUCCUGCAUUUUAAUUACGGUCAUGGAGGCCACCGAAAUAGAGAUUUCAUUAUUUCAAGAAGGACACCGGAAUUCGGAAAAAUCGCAGCGAUCGCAAUUGGAUUUAUGUGUCGUUUUGUUUCGAGGGUUGGAGACGAGUCAGAGCGAUUCUCAAAAAUUAGUUCUUGGACGUUUGGUUGAACAUUCGAAACGACAAGUUAGGGGGUUUGUGGGAUGCCACAAGAUGAUUGAGCCAGGAUUUUACCUCGCCGUUCCUCUCGCGUUUAAUCAUUGGCACAGUGGAGUGGAUUUGCCUUAUCCUCGGUAUGUGAUGUCUCUUCAUUCUUCCAAAAAGGUGUUAUCCGACCAAAUCGCCCCUCCUCCGUACAUGUUGGCCGACGCAAUCAUUCGUCUAACAAUGGAGCGUGGUCAACGUCACGAAGGUCGCGAAGGAAUGACUGCUUACUAUUUAACCAAGGGUUGGGCCGGUUUAGUCGUAGUUGUCGAAAAUCGACAUGAUGAUAAAUGGAUUCAAGUUAAAUGUGAUUGCCAAGAAAGUUACAAUGUCGUAUCAACUAGAAAUCAACUGAAAACUGUGGACGCCGUGCCCCCACUCCACAGGCAAGUAAUUAUUGUCCUAACGCAACUCGAAGGUAGUGGCGGAUUCAGCAUCGCCCAUCGUCUCACUCAUCGACCCUCCCUGACCAAUGGUUUGCAUGACUGGGGGCCACAAAAUUCUGACCACUGUCCCACCGUGGGGCCCGAUGUGGAAGGGCUUCACACACCACGCCCCAUCUGAAUUAGUCAGAACCACGUCAACAUGAUCCCAAACAUUCUGUAAAUUUGUGCGAUUCAAUUAUGUUUCCGACGGAAACUUUCCGUAGCUCAUUUAGUUGUAUUAUAGUUAUAGUUAUUUAUUUCGUUACAUUCUACUUUGUUGUGUUCCUCUGUAUACAUACAUACAAAUUACUAAUACCUAUGUUUACCUAUUAGGAUGAUAGUUGUAUUUAUGUAGGCGCUACGUGUUAUAGUUUCUACACUAUUAUUUAUGUAUGUAUAGUUAGUCUUGUUACUUGUUUUUAUUAUUGUUACCUUACUUCCACCAACCCACCAACCCAGGAAUAUUCAUUAUAAUAUUCCAUAAUCUUCUGUUCUGAGCUAAGGAACAUCACAGUUAUUUAAUUUCAAUUUCGAUUUACAAAUUAUAUUUGUGUAACUCAUAAUUCAUACAUACGUAUCCAAUAUUUUUGUACAUUAUCAUUUUCCUUUGUGGAUAAGAAACUUGUCUCAAUUUCCCAACAUCAUUGUUUUCAUAAAAACGCUUAAUUUUUGCUUACGUAUUUAUUAUAAUAGUUGUCUGAAUAGUGAAAUUUAGUAAACCAUAUGAGCUAUAUAGACCGAGUUUACCAUAGAUAGAUACCAACAUAAAUUUAUUAUUUGUAUAGUUUUGUUUCAUUAAAACGAGACAAAGUUCUAAUUGCGUUCCUUGCUAAACUUUACAAAUUUGUUGUUAUCAUUUAAAAUAAAUAUUUUGCAGAGAGCAAUACAUUAAAUUAUUAACUACUCCUGAUGAUUUUAACAUUUAGAUCUAACAAUUAAUUGACUCUGACCGAAUCCCUUCUCCCUGAAUGACAAUCUUUGUAUCAAGAAAAUCGUCGUCAAAAAAAUCUGGAAGAAAAUAAAUGAAUAAACACGCGUGCAGUCUCAUGUACUUGCAUAAAUAAUUAUAUAAUAUGGGAUUGAUAAGUGGGUUAAAGAAUAAAUAAAGAAUUAAUACUUUA